UCUUAUUCUAUAUUUUUAUAUGUUUAACAUCGAUUAUGAGUGUAAAGAGUCAAAAUACUCUCAAAGCAAAAUCGCAAGAACUAAUGAAUUUAUUGCAAAACAGUGAUAUUCCUAUUCUACAUUUAGACUUAAAUCAGUUUGAAUACUAUGUUAAGUCGCCUAAAAAUUAUUCGAUAAUUUUGAUGUUUACAAUCUUGGAUUCUCAAGAUUGUAAAAUUUGUAGUGAGAUAUAUAAAGAAUAUAAAAUAUUAGCUAAAAGCUGGAAAAAAUGUGAUUUGUAUUCUAAUAAGAUAUUUUUUAUGAUUGCUGAUUUUAAAAAGGCACCUGGGAUAUUUGAAGAUAUGAAGUUGAAAUCAGUCCCAUUGCUAGUUUAUUGGCCAUCUAAAAAAAAGAAAUCAUCAAUGGAAACUUAUCCAAUUGAAAAGCUUGGAAUAGAAGCUGAAAGAAUGUCCCUAUGGGUUUAUUCUAAGACAAAUAUACAAAUUCGUAUUGUCAGACCUGUGAAUUACCAAAAUUUAUUGAUGAUCCUAGGCGCUGUGCUAUUGGUGUUAUCGAUCGGUUAUUGGCAGAGAAAUCGCUUAAGUUUCUUGCUUUCCAGAUACGUAUGCGCCACAUUAGCAUUGGCAUUCGUGUACAUCAUGAUUAGCGGACAAAUGUGGAACAGAAUCAGAUCUCCACCCUUCAUGCACCAAAAUCAUAAAACGGGCCAAAUGACUUAUAUAGCUCCUGGAGGUAGCUCCCAAUUCGUGGCAGAGACCUACAUCGUAAUAGCCCUUAACGCGGCCAUAACCUUGGGCAUAAUCAUGGUUCAAGAAGCAUCAAUCCCUCGCAAACGUAUCAAUAAAAACGUCAGAAAAGUUAUAGCGGUUGUCGGUUUGCUACUCUUGUCCAUAUUCUUCAGUCAAUUGCUUUCCAUCUUUCGCCACAAAUACGGAAAUUACCCCUACAGUUUUCUAUUCAAAUGAUGAUAAGAAUAAAAAAACUAAUCCUAUUAUUUUCUUUUCUAUUUUAUAUUGGGGAAUUUGUAUAUUAAUUUUUUUUAAGUUGAUGUGAUAUAUAUAAAAACAUUUGUUCAAAUUGUAUAUAAUUAAAUAUGAAACUAAAUUUUUUGUAUGUUUAUAUAUAUAUAAUGUACUAUGAGUAUGAUGGAAUUGUAUUUUCU